AUGAUAGCUCCAGGAAUUGAGCCUGGUCGGGAGAGAUGGGGCUGGAAUAAUAGGGCCAAGAGGGCAGAGAGUAGGACAGACGUUUGUUUGAGAUGGAGCCACCAGAGCGUGUUGGUAGGAGAUACAGUCUAUAUCUAUGGAGGACAAGCAAAAACAAGCCCCGACCAGUCUUUAAAUACAUGGAACAAUAAUUUCCUGACUUUAGAUUUGGGCAAAGAUUGGAGCAUUGCUGCUCCAUACUUUCAAGGCCUUCCACAACCAGAUGGCCCACCUGCAGUAGCGAAUGGCUAUCUCUGGCAUAACAGUGAGAAUAUCUACCUUUACGGCGGCCUCUUCUCUGAUAAACCAGAUGCGGCACCAACUGCAUUCUCGCUCUGGCAAUAUAACAUCAAAUCAGCAGAAUGGUCAGAUAUCACCUCAAAGACUUCCAUUGAUAGUGACUCUGGGGGUAAGAGUAUACAAAGAGCUGCAGAAGGUGCAGGCGUUAGCAUUCCUGACAGAGGGCUUGGUUAUUAUUUUGGUGGUCAUUUGGACUCUUACACAACCGAAGGGUGGAGUAAACAAACACCACGUAUAUAUUUAAAGAGUUUACUACAAUUUGAUAUGAACAAGAACCAGUUUCUUAACGUCACCGAAAAUGGGCUAGAGGAUGCUGGAGUCCCGGAAAGAGCAGAUAGUGUUUUACUAUUUGUUCCGUGGGGUUCUGAAGGUAUCCUCGUCGGCAUUGGUGGCGGCCUGAACGACACUUUUUCCCAGCUAAAUAUAAUCGAUAUUUAUGACGUCUCCAGCCGUAAAUGGACAAAGCAAGCCACUGAUGGCACUACUCCUAAAUACCGUGUUAAUCCUUGCGCAGUUGUCGGCUCAGCAUCUGAUGGCUCCUCCCAUAAUAUCUACUUCUUUGGUGGGCAAAAUCUGGUACCUUAUGGAGAACAAGUCCAGUAUAACGACAUGUGGAUUCUCUCAAUCCCGUCAUUCUCCUGGAUCAAGGUUGAUACAGACGGUCAAACAGUCCCUUCUGCUCGAGCAGGCCAUACUUGCGAGCUCCAUGGCAGCGAUAUGGUGGUUAUCGGUGGCUAUGUGGGACAAGAACUGAGCUGUGAUAGUCCCGGAAUCUACGUGUUUGAUGCGUAUACGACACAAUGGAAAACGGAAUAUAAAUCGCCCACCAGCAGUUCGAGCAACAGUGCAGAGAAAGAGGUCGCGGGGUUUUACCGCGUACCAGAUGUGGUGAUUAACCCUGACUCACCUGUUGCAACUGGGAAGCCGGGAGAUUAUAAGUAUACUACAAUCACUUCACACACAGCUGCUGCGCCGACUGUCGCGACUAUCACGAAUUCCGAUGGCUCUGUGUCUACGACCACCACGUAUGCCAACAGUACAAUCUUGGGCGAUCCCAACGAUCCUGGAAAAUCACCUAAUGUUGGUCUUAUAAUUGGUGCUAGUUUGGCUGGAAUUGUUUUACUAGUGCUGUUGCUGUUAGGGGCAGCUUAUAUGUGGUAUCGCAAAAAGAUCAAGGAGCUGAGGGAAGCGAGUGAGAAGCUAGCCUCAAACAUGGAAUAUAGCGGAGGAAUGGGUAGAGAAGGGCUAGGAGGAGAGUUGGAAAGAAGUGAGAGCGCAAAUGAGCUAUUGGGUGAGGAGCCAACGUUUUGGGGAGUGUUGCUGAGCCCCAGGAGAAGUUUAAGGGUUGUUAAUCAUUGA